AUGGCGCUGAAAGUGUUCGAUGUGGAUCCGACCCUGAACUCUGUCGGAGAUCUCAUCUGGGAGAGAGUGAAAAGCUUCAGGUGGUGGAAAGAUGAGUUGGAGAAGCUGGAAGGGGGAAUUGCGAAAUUCGCCCAGGGCUAUCACACGUUUGGAUUCACUCGGCAGGAAACCAGCAUCACUUACCGUGAAUGGCUGCCGAACGCCAAGCAAGUGUUCCUCAUCGGCGAGUUCAACAAGUGGGAAAACACUGUGCCUUUAAAGUCCGAGGGCUUCGGGCACUGGUCUGUGCAGCUGAAAGAUCUACCUGGGGGCAAGCCAGCAAUCCCGCACAAGAGCCAGGUGAAAGUUCGAGUGGAAACCAACGACCGUCAGUGGAUCGAAAGGGUGCCUGCUUGGACUCGGCUGGCGUGGCAGGAUCCCAACACCAAUCUUUUCAAUGGUGUCUUCUGGUCCCCGCCCAAAGAGGAGCAGUUCGUGUUCAAGCACGACAGGCCGCUCAAGCCUGCGUCUCCAAAGAUAUAUGAGGCGCAUGUUGGCAUGAGUUCAAAGGAGCCCAAAGUGGCCACCUAUGUAGAAUUUGCAGAGAGCGUGCUUCCCCGAAUCAAACGCCUGGGCUACAACACAGUGCAGCUGAUGGCAGUGGCGGAGCACGCCUUCUAUGGAUCCUUCGGCUACCAUGUCACUUCCUACUUUGCACCGUCAAGCCGAUGUGGAACGCCAGAAGAACUAAAGAAACUUGUGGACCGUGCGCACGCACUAGGGCUCACAAUCAUCAUGGACCUGGUCCAUGCGCAUUGCUCGUCAAAUUCGUUGGAUGGCAUUGCGAUGAUGGACGGCACCGAUCACUGUUACACCCACGGUGGUCUCAAAGGCCAUCAUGCCCAAUGGGACUCCAAAUUGUUUCACUACACAAAACAUGAAGUGCUUCGUUUCCUGCUCUCCAACAUACGGUAUUGGCUGGAGGAAUUCCGCUUCGAUGGCUUCCGGUUUGACGGGGUCACAUCCAUGCUCUAUCACUCGCACGGAAUAGGCAAGGGCUAUUGUGGAAGCUAUCAUGACUAUUUCGGGGGUGAUGCAGAUUUUGAGGGGCAAGUCUAUUUGAUGCUGGCAAACGACUUGAUUCACUCGUUGGUGCCAUCUGCAAUCUCUGUGGCAGAAGAAGUUAGCGGCAUGCCGACCUUAUGCCUUCCUAUCGAAGAUGGCGGCUUUGGCUUUGACUACCGCCUGGCGAUGGCAAUCCCUGACAUGUUCAUCAAACUCCUAAAGGAAGUCCCCGAUGACUGUUGGGACGUGGGUCACAUCUGCCACACGCUCACCAACAGGCGGUGGAAGGAGAAGUGUAUAGGAUACUUGGAGUCUCAUGACCAGUCCAUCGUCGGCGACAAGACCAUUGCUUUCUGGCUUAUGGACCAAGAGAUGUACUACGGGAUGAGCAUGGCCGAGUGCCCGGAGCCUUCGAUCGUUGUUGACCGUGGUUUGGCGCUGCACAAGGUUCUCCGGCUGCUGGUGCUCGGCUUGGGGGGCGCAGGCUACCUGAACUUCAUGGGCAACGAGUUUGGCCACCCCGAAUGGGUGGAUUUCCCACAGGCAAGCAACGACUGGAGCCACCACCUCUGCAGGCGGCGCUGGGACUUGCCAGAUGACCAGGCCUUGCGCUACAAGUACUUUCAGAACUUUGACGAACUGAUGCAGGCACUUGAAAACCGAUUCAAGUGGCUCAGUUCGGAGCACGAGUUCGUUACAGUAUGCAAUGCGAUGGACAAAGUCCUGGUCUUCGAACGCGGCAGUCUCACCUUCGUUGUAAACCUUGAUCCGGGCCGCAGCUUCCAAGGCUACAAGGUGGGCAUCGGCAAGGACGAGGCCAUGCGCAUCGUCCUGGACACCGACGAGGAGCGCUUCGGUGGCCAUUGUCGACUCGAGGAGGGUCAUGGCAAGCCCUUACCUUCGGGCGGACCCACGCACAACAGGCCGGCAUCCUGCCUUUUGUACAUCCCGGCACGCACUGCGCAAGUACUGGCGCCGGCAUCCAUGCUGGAGGGAGGCAUUCGCGUGUGGCUUGAUGCUCGUUGGUUGAAGGAGCAGGACAUCGACAAUCCCACUGAUGUGAACUUGGCACUGGAGAUCCGAGAUGGUGGGAAGAAGUAUCUUCGGCAAUUCCGCUUCAAUGCCGAGAGCUGUGUCACGCUGCAUAUCUAUUUUGAUGCGAUUUUUGCACUCAUCGCUCCAAAUGGGAGUACACUUACCAGUCCAGUCUGGCCGGAUGAGAUGUUCCACAUCUACUUUCCCGGAGACUACACGGUCUGUAGCGGCGGAGUGCUGGAAGCAGACGUCCCGAAAAUGACUUGGAAGCCGGCACCCAUAAGCCGACAACCCUCGGUGGUCGGGACGGCAGCUCCCUCUCGAGACGAGUUCUUCGAUCCUUCCAUCGAUGCCGGCUUGGUCUAUCCUGAAGCCAUGGUGCUCGGACCAAACUCGAUGAUGGACCUUUUGGACUCCCCGGCCCCAACGACUCCUUCCAGGGCCUCCGCCUCCGCCUCGGCCUCGCCCUCGAGGACUCCCUCGGCCUCUGCGACCCCGAAGAAAGGUCUCAGCAGAUCGAGCAGCUUCUCCGCAAGGCGGCGGAAAAAAUCCCCGACCACCGCAAAAGCCACCAGCGAUGAGGUGGACGAUUCGAGCAAGGAGAAGGUUACCCAGCGGGCGCCGCUCUCCCCCGAAGAGCGCAAGGCCCUGUGUCAGGGCCGGGCCAAAAGUUACAAAGAAGCCUUCACCAAGCUGGGAAGCCUUGAAUCCUUGGCGACGGCAUUCAAGGACUUUGGCUUGCAUCACGGCGCCGGUGGACGGUGGAAGUACAGAGAAUGGGUUCCAAAUGCGAAAGCCACGUAUCUCUUCGGCGACUUCAACGGAUGGAACAAGACAGCCACGCCACUCAUGAAGUCAAAAGAUCAUCCCGAGAUUUGGUGUUGCCAGAUAAGCAUACCCUUGAAUUCAGCGCUCACAAGGGGCAGCCAGUACAGACUCCAUGUUGUGCCAAACGAGGGAGAGCCCUGGGAUAUGGUCCCUACCUGGGCAACUCGCUGUGCUAUCAAUGCCAAAACUAAAGAUCACAACGCGGUUGUCUGGCCACCCCGCGCAAGCAGAGGUCCAUCCAAGAAGGAUCUUCACCCAAGCUUACAGCUGAAGGGGAAGAAGCUUCAUCUCUACGAGCUUGACAUUACCCUUGCCAUACAAAAGGGACAGAAGCCCAGCUUGAAAUUCGCGCGCUCUCUCUUGCCAAGGGCUGCACAUUCUGGCUACCAUGGAGUAUUGCUGCAAGGGCUCUACAACGGAAAAGGCAGGUUUGCCACAGGCAGCCUAAUGGCAGUCUCCCCGGUGCUGGGAGAUUCAUCAGACUUUUCAGCCUUUCUUCAGAAAGCCCAUGAUCUGGGAUUGGCUGUCAUCCUGGAGCUUCCAUCUGGUGCCGAUCCAGCCGAAUCCAGCCUGCCAGCCUGGUAUUUCCGGGCUGAAGAGACGAAGACGCUUGUGAAGAGCUUCGAUUUUGCUCGGAAAGAGGUCGCCCAACACAUCCUUUGCUCCAUCAAGCAUUGGGUGGAGGUUGGCGUGGACGGAUUCCGAAUGGAUGGCAUGCCCGGUCCUGUGCAGAGCGGGGCGGAAGACACGGAAACAGCCGUGGCCCAUUUCGCCAUGAUCGUGGCCGCAGUUGUGAGAUCGGCCGCACAGGAAGCCGGCAGGGAUGUUAUCCUUGUUGGGAGUGGUGAUAUCGAUGCGACGUGCGAUUCUCUGGAGUCCGGCGGUUUCGGCUGCGACUUCUGCCAGGCAGACGGCGCUGAUCUUAGCCGGCUUCUGCCGGGUUCGCGCCGCUUGGUGAUCGAGCCCGGGCCUCCUUCCAAGGCCAGGCCCUUGGAAAAGCUGGAGCGCUCUCUGAUGGAGCCGCUGAACUCUCGCACGGAGUGCCGAAGCCUGGUGAUGUCCUGCAUGGAGAGCACGGAGGACUUCAUUGUCAGCCAGGGGCCGCUUUCUGUCUGCAUGUUGGCAUGGGAGACAGUCCACACGGUAUCUGGCGGCGUCGUGGCCCCGUACGUCACCUACCUCAGCGAGGCAUUGGUUCGCCGUGGCCACGAGGUGCACGUCUUCACGCGUGCCAGCCAUGGCAUCAAGAUAAAUGUGGAGACGGUAAAGGGCGUCGUUUACCACGAGGUGCCAUACCAGCUAAGCAUGGACUUCGUGGAGGAAACAGGGCAUUUCUGCAAAGCCUUGGCAGCCGCUGUGACCGGCCAUGAAGCUGCCUACGGACCCUUUGAUGUGGUUCACGGCCACGAGUGGUUGGUCGCACGUACUCGAGCGGAGCUACGCAAGGAAGUUCGCUCUGUUCUCACGAUCCACUCCACGGAGCAGGGCCGCUCCAGCGGCGCGGACUACGGUGGCCAAAGCGACCAAGUCAUCCAUCUCGAGGGCGAAGCUUUCAACAUGUUCGACAAGCUUUUUGCAGCAUCGCAGACGGUUCGCGACAGCGUGUACUCUCAGUACGACUUGAAAGGCAAAGAGAUCCAAGUGGUUCACAAUGGUGCGGAGACGAUCGAUAAAUUCACAGUGGAAAUGCAGACUGCUGCGCGGGAUGAUUUAUGUCUUGAGGAGAACAAACCAGUGCUACUGUUCUCAGGUCGAUUGCUUCCGCAGAAGGGGCCGGACGUACUGCUCGAGGCUGUCCCUUUCGUCUUGCGGCACUGGCGCGAUGCGCACUUCAUCAUUGCAGGCAGUGGGCACCUGCGGGGCGGCCUGGAGCGCCGAGCGGCCGAGUUGAACGUGGAAGAGUCCGUGACCUUCGCGAAGGCGCUGCAGCCGGGGACCGAAGAGCACCUGAGGUACAUGGCUGCCUGUGAUGCGGUGGUCAUACCAGCACGGCAAGACUUCUAUGGCGUGUCUGUCAUUGAAAGCUGGGCAGCUGGCAGGCCCGUUGUGGGCUGCUCCUGUGGCGAGCUUCCUCGGCUAGUACAGCCGAAUGUCACUGGCUACCUCAUCGACCAGGAGUCAGGCAGCAUUGCCUGGGGCCUCUGCAAGAUUUGUGAGAACCUGCAGCAUGCUCGUUGGAUGGGCGAGCAGGGGCAGCAGCAAGUGCAGCAGCAUUUCCUUUGGGACUUCCUGGCGAAACGCACAGAGGAGGUCUACCUUAGCCUGCUCGGCCUCGAGGAGGCGCCGGCUGCGGAAGUCGCCAAAAUCGGGCGGAGCCCGAAGCCUCCCUUGGCGGCCUCCCUGGGCCACGGGGCGACCGCGCUUUUGAAGCUGGGCCGCUUGCUAUUCCUGGGUUUUGGAGGCGAUGCCACUCUGACCUGUCUGGGAAGCGACUUUGGCUGGAUUGGCAAGAUCGACUUUCCCAGAAAGAGCAAUGAGUUCAGCGAUGAGCAUGCUCGCUUCCCUGUAGAGGUCGCUUCCGACGCCAAGUGUCACUACAAGAACUUGGCUAUGUUCCAGAUGUGCCUGCUUCGAACAGAGCGGAGUCUGCAGUGGUUGGCGGAUCCCAAGCCUGAGGUGAUCUACAAGGACGAAAAGAAGCAGGUGCUGGUCUUCACGCGUGGAGUGGGGAGCAUCUUUGCCCUGAACUUCAACACCAGCGAUUCGAACUUUAACUUCGACAUCCGGCAGCUGAAAGGUGUGUCAUGUGCCUUCAAGACGGUCUUCAACACGCAGGACAAGCGCUUCGGGGGCCCCGGCUCGGGCACAUCGGUCACAGUGCCGGCGGAGGCUUCAGUCACGGAAGGGACGAUGAAGCUGCUUUUACCGGCUCAGACCGGCGUUGUGCUCGUGCCGGCUCUCUGCGCAGAGGGCUUGUCUUCGGACAAGACGCUUCAGCUGCAGUCAUCAGAUGCCUUCGUCGACCUGCUUGCAGAUGAUCAGUCUGCAGUUUGCCCGAUCAGCGUUUGCAAGCAGCUUUCAUUUGCAGACCUCGCAGCCGAUUUCAACCAGCGGCGCAAGCAGGAAGGCACUACGACUGCCUGCGAAGCAGCUGCAAAAAGCGAGGCUGCUGAGCAACUUGAGCAGGAAGCAGCCAAAAAUGAGGCCGCACGUAGAGAGGCGGCAGAAAGAGAGGCUGCUGAACAACUCAAGCAAGAAGCCGCUAAGAAAGAGGCCGCGCGCAAAGCGGCUGCAGAAAGGCAGGCUGCCCUACAACGCAAGCAAGAGGCCGUCAGAAAAGAGGCCGCCCGCAGAGAGGCUGCAGAACGCGAGGCUGAACAGGAAGCCGCCAAGAAAGAGGCCGCCCGCAGAGAGGCUGCAGAACGCGAGGCUGAACAGGAAGCCGCCAAGAAAGAGGCCGCCCGCAGAGAGGCUGCAGAACGCGAGGCUGAACAGGAAGCCGCCAAGAAAGAGGCCGCCCGCAGAGAGGCUGCAGAACGCGAGGCUGAACAGGAAGCCGCCAAGAAAGAGGCCGCCCGCAGAGAGGCUGCUGAACGAGAGGCUGAACAACUUAAGCAGGAAGCCGCCAAAAACGAGGCCGCCCGCAGAGAGACUGCUGAACCGGCUAACGAGGAGGAAGCAAGGAAAGAGGCUGCCCGCAAAGCAGCUGCGGAAAGAGAGGCUGCUGAACGACAAGCCUUCAAAGAUGCUGUGAAGAGGGCCAACGAGAAGCAAUCUGGGGAUGAGGACGAAAGCCUUUCUCCUGAAUCUCCGGAAAAGUGCAAAGGGCCAGAGCUUCGAGUAAGUCAAAGCCACGGAGAGGAAAAGCCAUCAGGUACUGUGGCAGGGAGGAACACCAACAACGAAGUCGGCACGGGUGAGAAGGAGGAAGAGUCCUCCCCUGGCAAGCGAUGGCUCGCCAAAUACUGGAUGCCUGUUCACGGCUGGCGCCGGCCUCGGAUCCUCGCAUACGCUGAAUACACCUUCACAGGAGCCCGGACGAAGAGAGGAAGCCUUUUGUUCGAAAAUGGUCUGCGAGUUGAUGGGUGGGUCGCAGAUCACAGGUGGCUCACACCCACAGAUCUUCCCCUCAGCCGCUGGGUCGACAGGGCUUUGUGUGCCGAGGCACAGCUUCUUACCUCCCUCUGUCAGCAGCGGGAGCUGGUGAACUUGACCGGCGAGGUCGAACUGUACACGUCUUCCCCUCCUUGCCUGUCGUGCCUGGGCCUCUUCUUCCAGUUCAGGGGGGUGUUUCCCCAUGCGACGCUGCGUUUCUCCUGCGGCUUGGUGCGUGCUUGGGAGGCGUGGGUGCCGCUGUGA